AUGACGCGGGCCAUCAGCUUCUUGAUUUUGUGGCUCAGCCUGGGGGGUGGCCUGGCGCAGAGUGACAGCAGCCCUGACGCAGAGGAGUCCUAUUCAGACUGGGGCCUUCGGCACAUCCGGGGCAGCUUUGAAUCUGUCAACAGCUACUUCGAUUCCUUUCUGGAACUGCUGGGAGGGAAAAAUGGAGUCUGUCAGUACAGAUGCCGAUAUGGAAAGGCACCAAUGCCCAGACCUGGCUACAAGCCUCAGGAACCCAACGGCUGCAGCUCCUAUUUCCUGGGUCUCAAGGUACCAGGAAGUAUGGACUUGGGCAUUCCAGCAAUGACCAAGUGCUGCAACCAGCUGGAUGUCUGUUAUGACACUUGUGGUGCCAACAAGUAUCGCUGUGAUGCAAAAUUCCGAUGGUGUCUCCACUCAAUCUGCUCUGAUCUUAAGAGGAGUCUGGGCUUUGUCUCCAACGUGGAAGUAGCCUGUGAUUCUCUGGCUGAUACUGUGUUCAACACUGUAUGGACCUUGGGGUGCCGACCGUUUAUGAACAGCCAACGGGCAGCCUGCAUCUGUGUGGAGGAGGAGAAAGAAGAGUUAUGAGGAGGAGGUGAUGCCUUUCUGGUUUCUAGUGACACCACAGCUGCCAUCUCAGAGGUGGUAGGAUGGAAGAUGUAGCUCAUCCUUUCUUCCAAAAGUUUUGGAUACCACAAAGCAGGAGAAAGGAAACAUUAUUCUACAGCUGAAAAGUAAGCCUCGUCCUUUGAGGAGAACUGGAAAAAAAGACAUGGAAUGAUUUGAAGGCUACUCUUUGCUUUAACACUGGUGACCCCAACCAAGACAUAUUUGCCUGGAAAUUCAAUUCUUAGUUUAAAGACUAAAAUAAAGACUAAAAUACUGGUAUUCCUGGAAAUGAUAAUUAUAUUCAUAAGUGAAAUUUUGGAGAAUCCAACCAUUUGGGAGGCAGUGACUUUCCUCUGAUCCAUGUUUCAGUUGCCAGUAAGCACCUCACAUUUAAUAAAGUGUACUUUUUAGAAAAU